AUGACUCAGAAGGGCACUGUCGAGACGAUCGUUGUCAGCAAUGACGAGAAGUUGGAGGAGAAGCUCGAAGGCGAAACCAACCAGGUCGAGCGAACUUGGCUCCUCCCUGCUGAAAUCCAACAUCGAUUUGAUACACUGCGAGAUCUCAGCGAUGAGCAGAUGACUGCGCUGGACAAGAAAGUACUGCGGAAGAUCGACUGGCGCCUCAUGCCUUGCAUCACACUCAUGUUCUUGAUGAACUAUCUCGAUCGUAUCAACGUCUCCAACGCUCGUCUGGCGGGCCUUCAGGAAGAUCUCAACAUGUCUGAUACUGUCUGGAAUGCGGGUAUCAGUACGUUCUACGUCGGAUAUCUCCUUGGCCAGUUGCCAGGAAACUUGUGGCUCGCCAAGUCCAAUCCCAGCAAGUUCUUGCCCAUUAUCAUGCUUGCAUGGAGUAUUGCGACUAUCUGCAUGCCUGCCAUGACAAGUGGCGCUGGAUUUUGUACCGUUCGCUUCGUCAUCGGCUUCUGUGAGGCGCCUUUCUUUCCCGGUAUCACACUGAUAACCUCAUCAUGGUACAACAAGCACGAGAAUCCAACUCGCAUGGCUAUCUGGCACGCUGGCAACACCAUCUCAAAUAUCAUCUCUGGCUUUCUCGCCGCUGGUAUUCUCGAACACAUGCAAGGAACCGCAGGACUCAAGAGUUGGCAAUGGUUCUUCCUCAUUGAAGGUAUGGCAUCUAUACUCGUGGCUCUCGUUGGCUUCUGGGUCCUCCCAGAUUGGCCACAUAACACCAAAUUCCUCAGUGAAGAAGAGAAAGAGAUGGCACAGUACCGUGUGUUGGUCUCAAACGGUGGCAUCGACGAGGGCGUUGGGGGCACCUGGGACGGACUCAAGGCUGCUGUUGCAGAUCCUUUUACAUGGCUCUUCUGCGGAAUGCACUUUGCCCUCAUCACGGCACAGAGUUUCAAGGAUUUCUUCCCAUCGAUCGUCAAGACUUUUGGCUUCGACAAGAUGACUACCUACCUUGUUCAAGCACCACCCUACGCUAUUGCCUACAUGACCGCGUGUGGGCUUGCUUGGACAUCUGGUAGAUAUCAGGAGUCAUGCUGGCACAUUGUUGGCCCAAUCAUCGCCGCUGCUGCUGGCUGCGCCAUGCUGAUCUCCACUCUGAACGUCGGAGUUCGAUAUUUCGGUAUCAUCCUCCUCAUCAGCGGCACAUACAAUGGUCUCAAUUUGCAACUAUCUUGGGAAACUACGCUUGUGCCAGCACCCAAAAGCAAGAAAGCUGCGUUGAUCGCCAUCGCCAACUGCGUUUCGCAGACGAGCCAUUGGUUCAGCCCCUACUUCUUCCCUCGAUACCAGGAGCCUUACUACAGACUCGGCGGCGGUCUCAUUCUCUUCGGCUGUCUUAUGACCUGCGUGAUUUGUGGUUUAGUUACAUGGAGAGCUAAGAGGCUUAACAAGAAGCUCGAUGAGGCUGAGGGUUGGACUCCUCACUCUGGAAAUGAGCGAGGAUGGCGCUAUGUUUACUAA